GAAAAGCAAAGGGUAAGAUAUAAGAACGUUCCUAAGUUGACAUUUGGUGAGGAAUAAGUUGGUUCCUUUUUUUUUCAUUUUGCCAUUUUGUCAUAUUCACCGUUUUGCCUACCCCUUUGUGAUGCAAAAGUUUUAAAAUGCCCUUUUAAAGGAGCCAUCACGAAGUUAGAAGUUGCAUUCAACUGAGGGGGGAACACCAAUCGGUGGUAAUCUCUCGCCCCUUGUUCGCUACUUUCCGCCAACCCAGGGGAGGAGAAACAUUGCAUCUCUUUUUCGCGUGGGUAGUAUUUCCCCCGUUCGCUUUGCCUUCCCAAAGUUGGUGACCCCCUUGGCCGCUUAACUUUUUUUUCCUUCUCUCCGUUUAUUUGUUUAUUCAUUCUGCUUUUUUGACAUUAUACGUGGAGGACAACUCUACGUUGAGCUGGGUUUCCCCCCAUUUGUAUGCGCCCCUUUUUAAGAGCUAUUGCCUCCUUUUUCGAUUGUUCCGCGCUUCUUCAGCGCCCCUCUUCACGCAGCAGCGCAUUCCCCCCACCCCCGUUGCAAUGGAAAUAGUGAACGAAGGGUGGGUUUUCAAGCAGUCCAAAUAUUUGAAGCGGUUGCGAAAGAGGUACAUGAUACUAACGAAGAAUUUCAUCUGUUCCUUUAAGUCGCAGUAUUACCAGGCGGAGAAGCCCACCGAGAUCUUGUACCUGAACAAUUUCACCGAGCUGACCUCCCUGGAGGAUCUCCGCAAAAUAAAGCUCGUGGAAAAUGAGUUGGGCCUGACCAACGUGCACUUGUUCAGCAUAAGUUACGACAGCAGGAAAAUUAUGUUUGCGACUGUGGACGGGGAGGAGAAGCACAAGUGGAUAAAGCACAUCAGCAGGCAGAUGAUCAAACCCACAGUUCUGCUCAGCGAGUGA